UAAUUUGGUUUGUUAAACAUGAGAUUGAAUUUCCUCCUCUUUUUUAUUUUUUUUUAUUUUACUUUACACUCAUUAACACUCAUUCCUUUCAUUAAUACUCAUUAUGGGAGUUGGACUAGAAAAGUGCUGUUGCUUUAUACCUUUGAGAUUAGGCACCUUUUUUGUUGCCAUCUGGUUUUGUGCUGUCUAUUUACUCUAUACAGCCACAGGAUUUUUGGCAGUCAAUCCGUUGGUUGUGUAUUCUGGUCAAGUAGCCAGACCAUGGUACUAUAUCAAUCUUUUGUUUGCUGUGUUUAUAUGUGUUGGUGGUUUAUGCGGUGUGAUUGGAUCUACUUUUGGCUCAAGACGAUUCUCAAAAGCAUUCAGUGUGAUUGCUUGGGUUAAUGUGAUUCUGUCUAUUCUGAUAUAUAGUAUCUCACUUGCAUUGAUGGGUGUCUAUAGACAUAGUGUGAUUGAUUCUUGUAGAGUCGUUGGAUUUGUUAGUAUCAACAACAGUCGACAUGAAAUGACAGUCUCCAAACCAAGUAACCAAGCUUAUUAUUCACCCGUACAUUAUACUGGGCUUUUGACAGAACAUGCUGCUACUGAGUCUGAAUGUAGUGCCAUGACAAACACCUUUUUAAUUGCAUUUGGUACAGUUGCAUUUGUGGUUCAAUUGAUUCAAAUUUACUUUGCUUAUGUGGUGGGUGCUUAUGCUAAAAGAUUAGCUAAUGGUGCUCGUCAUCAUCGAUUACAUGCACAACAAAUCAAGGAUUUUGAAGAAUCAAGAUAUCAUAUGUCUACUGUGUAUUAGAAAUAAACGAUUUUGAUUGACUGUCGAUAAACACUCAAAACAUAACGGAAAUACAGUCCUUAUUCAAGCAAUCAAAAGCACUUUUCACUAUGGUUGUUCCCUUCUCAGUUCUGUCAAAUGGGUAGACUAAUUUCUGGAAACAAAAAAGACACACGUCUAGGAUGUAUUAUACUUAUUUGUGAUGCAUACAAUACUUGUGCUCCCGAGUAGUUUCUACUUUCAUAUCGUCUGUGCCCUUUUAUCCUUGAGCUUCGAUCUCCAACAAACAAACAAGC